CGUCUUCUACUUCGCGGGAGAAGUUGUUGGCGCCAAUGGAUCCCGAGCCCCGAUAACGGGUCCCCCAGCCGGCCAACCCGUCGCCGGCGCCUUAACCCUGGGGCUGCGAUGGACAUUCGGAAAUUCUUUGGAGUUAUACCAAGUGGAAAAAAAGUUGUAAGUGAAACAGUAAAGAAGAAUGAGAAAACAAAGUCUGCUGAAGAAACUUUAAAAUCAAAGAAAGGAAUAAAGGAAAUCAAGGUAAAUAGCUCUUGUAAAGAUGAUUCCAAACAGAAGCAUCCAAGCAAGAAAAAGACGAUCAUCUAUGAUUCAGAUUCAGAAUCAGAGGAGACAGUGCAGAUAAAAAAUGCCAAAAAGCAACCAGAAAAAUUGCCCUUGUCUUCUAAAUCUGGUAAAAUUUUACGGCAGGAUCCUGUUACAUACAUUUCAGAAACAGAUGAAGAAGAUGACUUUAUGUCUAAGAAGGCAGCCUCAAAAUCAAAAGAGAAUGGAGGAUCUACAAAUAGUUAUCUUGGAGUAUCAAACAUGAAAAAGAAUGAAGAAAACACUAAGACUGAGAAUAAGCCUUUAUCACCAAUAAAACUUACACCCACAUCAGUGCUUGAUUAUUUUGGAACUGGAAGUGUCCAAAGAUCAGACAAGAAGAUGGUGGCAAGCAAGAGAAAAGAGCCUUCACAAAAUACAAAUGAUUCUGGAUUAAAUGAUGAAGCCAUCGCCAAGCAAUUGCAACUUGAUGAAGAUGCCGAGCUGGAGAGACAAUUGCAUGAAGAUGAAGAGUUUGCCAGAACGUUAGCCAUGUUGGAUGAAGAACAACCUAAGACCAAAAAGGCUCAAAGUGACACAGAAGAAGGAGAAACAUUUUCAUCUGUCCAACCCAAUUUGGGUAAAGCAGAGAAAUAUAAAUAUCCUCAUAAAGUAAAAACAGAACAAUUUUCAGAUGAAAGGAAGAGCUACAGUCCCAGGAAGCAAACUAAAUGUGAAAGUUCAAAAGAAUCUCAGCCAUACUUCAUGUCUUCAGCUCAUAAAACAGGAGAAUCCUCUUCUCUAAAGGCUGGUUGUAGGCUGGUACUUAUGGAAAAAAAAGAAAAGAGUCCUUAUAAAAAAAUAGGGCCUGUGGCCUCAAAAAGAAAAGAAAAUGCCAUUGAAUUGAAAAGAGAGACAAAAACUCCUAAGAAAACCAAAAGUUCUCCAGCUAAAAAAGAGUCUGUAAGUCCUGAAGAUUCUGAGAAGAAACGCACUAAUUAUCAAGCUUAUCGAAGCUAUUUAAAUCGAGAAGGUCCCAAAGCUCUGGGCUCGAAAGAAAUACCAAAGGGAGCUGAAAAUUGCUUGGAAGGUCUUACAUUUGUAAUCACAGGCGUGCUGGAGUCCAUUGAACGAGAUGAGGCCAAGUCUCUAAUUGAGCGCUAUGGGGGGAAAGUAACAGGAAAUGUCAGCAAGAAAACAAACUAUCUUGUCAUGGGUCGUGAUAGUGGACAGUCCAAGAGUGAUAAGGCAGCAGCCUUGGGGACAAAAAUUAUUGAUGAAGAUGGCCUAUUGAAUAUGAUUCGAACUAUGCCGGGUAAGAAGUCCAAGUAUGAGAUAGCAGUUGAAACUGAGAUGAAGAAAGAAAAGUCCAAAUUGGAGAGAACACCCCAAAAAAGUGAACAACGAAGAAGAAAAAUUAGUCCAACUGAGGAAGAAUCAGAACCUAAAAAGAGCAAGUUGACUCCCAAAAGGGACAGCUCUGUAAAGUCAAUAAAAAAGGAAAAAAGUGGGUUUCGGAGAGGCCUGGACCUCAAGGAGCAGGUGGCUGAGGAGACAAAUGGUGACAGCAAGGCUAGGAACGUGGCUGAUGACAGCAGUGAAAACAAAGUGGAAAAUUUGCUCUGGGUGGAUAAAUAUAAGCCAACCUCGCUCAAGACGAUAAUUGGACAGCAAGGUGACCAGAGCUGUGCCAACAAACUCCUGCGCUGGCUCCAAAACUGGCACAAGAGUCCAUCUGAAGAUAAAAAACACGCAGCAAAGUUUGGUAAAUUUGCCGGCAAAGAUGAUGGCUCUAGUUUUAAGGCAGCAUUGCUCUCAGGCCCUCCAGGCGUUGGCAAAACCACCACGGCUUCUCUGGUGUGUCAGGAAUUGGGAUAUAGCUAUGUGGAACUAAAUGCAAGUGACACUCGGAGUAAGAACAGUUUAAAGGCAGUUGUUGCUGAAUCACUGAAUAAUACCAGCAUCAAAGGCUUUUAUUCAAGUGGAGCAGCCUCUUCAGUAAGCGUGAAACACGCUCUCAUCAUGGAUGAAGUAGAUGGCAUGGCAGGCAAUGAGGACAGGGGGGGAAUCCAGGAAUUAAUCAGCCUGAUAAAACAUACCAAAAUUCCCAUUAUUUGUAUGUGCAAUGAUAGAAACCAUCCCAAGAUUCGCUCUUUGGUGCAUUAUUGUUUUGAUCUUCGUUUUCAAAGACCUCGGGUUGAACAGAUUAAGGGUGCUAUGAUGUCUAUUGCAUUUAAAGAGGGUUUAAAGAUUCCUCCUCCAGCUAUGAAUGAAAUAAUUUUAGGAGCCAAUCAAGAUAUCAGACAGGUUCUGCACAAUCUGAGUAUGUGGUGCGCACGAAGUAAGGCGCUAACCUAUGACCAGGCCAAGGCUGAUUCUCAUAGGGCCAAAAAGGAUAUCAAACUGGGCCCAUUUGAUGUUUCCCGGAAAGUGUUUGCAGCUGGAGAGGAGACUGCUCAUAUGUCACUUGUGGACAAAUCAGAUCUUUUUUUUCAUGAUUAUUCAAUAGCACCUCUCUUUGUCCAGGAGAACUACGUACAUGUGAAGCCUGUAGCUGCAGGGGGUGACAUGAAAAAGCACUUGAUGCUUUUAAGCAGAGCAGCAGAUAGCAUAUGUGAUGGUGAUUUAGUGGACAGUCAGAUCCGGAGUAAGCAAAACUGGAGUCUUCUGCCCACACAGGCCAUUUAUGCCAGUGUCCUUCCUGGAGAGUUGAUGAGAGGGUACAUGACCCAGUUUCCCACCUUCCCAAGCUGGCUGGGGAAGCACUCGUCUAUGGGCAAACAUGAUCGUAUUGUUCAGGACCUAGCAUUGCAUAUGAGCCUCAGAACAUAUUCCAGCAAAAGGACAGUAAACAUGGAUUAUCUGUCACACGUAAGGGAUGCACUUGUACAACCCUUGACCUCACAAGGGGUAGAGGGAAUACAGGAUGUGGUUGCACUUAUGGACACAUAUUAUUUGAUGAAAGAAGAUUUUGACAAUAUCAUGGAAAUUAGCAGCUGGGGUGGCAAACCUAGUCCCUUUUCCAAGCUGGAUCCCAAGGUAAAAGCAGCCUUCACCAGAACUUACAAUAAGGAAGCCCACCUUACCCCGUAUUCACUUCAGGCAAUAAAGACAUCUAGACACAGCACAGGCCCAGCAAUGGAUUUUGAAUACAAUGAAGAGUUAAACGAAGAUGACUCUCAAUCUGAUGAGAAAGACCAAGAUGGUAUAGAAACUGAUGCUAUGAUCAAGAAAAAGACAAAGUCUUCAAAACCUUCAAAACCAGUAAAAGAUACGGAGUCCAGAAAAGGAAAAGGAAAAAGUUUGAAGAAAUGAAACCCUUUUUCACUACCGACAGCCAUUUUUUACCCACCCUCAGGACCAGUCUAGCUGGUCUAGAAAAAGCCUUGUUUUUUCCCAAGGAACCAUGUUUUAGCAUAAUGGGAUGACCUGGUGGCCCCAUUAUAAGUGAAGGGCGGUAUAGCUAGAGGAUAUAACUAGUAGGCUCACAUGCACCUCUUAUAGAGGUUUGUAGGACUUGGGUCCUCUGCUAUCCUGUCAAUCUAAUUAGAUUGUUGUGCUUCAAAAUGACUGUGUAUAAUUAGAACUAGAAACUACACGCAGACUUUGGAGUCAGAUUUUAGUUAACACAAUAAUAAGCCUGGGAGCAGUGGUACUAAGACGCCUUUUAUAGGCUUAAGAAUUUAUCCUAAUGGCCUUUCUAGGAUCAAUGCCAAGUUUUUUUUUAAAGGUAGUUCCUGUAUGUGGUGAAAUUUUGUAAAUAAAUCAUAAUCCAAAAUAAUCACCACCUAGAACUUGGUAUUCUUUGUAUAUUGUCCAAUAUCUUCCAAUGUAUAAGUUAGGAGUAAAAAUGUUCCAUAUGAUACAUGUACAAAUUCUUCUUAGGAUUGUCAUCUUGUACAGCAAAAUAUGUUGGUAUAUUACAUUCCUUAUUAAUUUGCAAGUGAUUGGAUAAGAAAGCAUUAACCAGUUGUGUGAAAAUUAACUUUGUCAACUGAAGAGUCAGAACUCAGAUUCACAGCUUUACUCCCUCUGAGUGCUGACCAUAUCUCUGCUGUGAGUAGAAGUUCACGCAGAGGCCUUGUUACUAGCAGUGUGGGGGACUGCAGAAGGGUUGCCAGACAUUCUUAUCCUCCGGAGUCUCAACUCAUCAGUUUCAAACCAGUAGGCCCCAGGCUGGGUCAGAAUUCUUAGGCUCACUCUGACAUGGGACAAAAAUGAACAUGGGCUUCUGUUUACUUUGUCCCUGGGAGAUCCUGUUCUGUCCUGUGAUGUAUUCCACAAACCCUAUUGGAACUUUAGAUUGUACCUAUAAUGAUACUUGUUGAGUGGUCCUGAGGCUGUGGAUCUAGCCUGGAAUUUAGGUGUCUAGCUAUUUUUUAAUCUUGUCAGUAAAUACUCAGAGGAGUGUGCUACCUCUGGGAGGUAUAUGCUAAAAAGAAUGUAAAAUAAGGAUAGUGUUCUCUGCCUUUCGGGAACUGACAGUCUUGUUUGGGGAUGAGACAUAAAGUUCUUGAGACAUUUAAAGCGUAUUUACCAGUGUGAAAAAUGUCUUUCUUGGAGAUUAAUUCAUUAUGGAAAUAAAACAUUGCCUUGAGCCCUUGCCCCUCUCUUUGUUAAAGCCUGGCUUCAGACUUUUCUGCUUCAGUGAAGGUUUCCUCACCAGUGGGGUGAGGAUGGCUUUCUUAUGCAUAUUCUUCUAUUUCUAUUACUUUUUGGACAUGCAAGUCAUGUCUCCUUAGCUGCUCUGUACCCCCAAG